AGAAUAUGUAAAAAUUACAGAAAAAUCAACUUCAAAUAAUGAUAGUUCUAUCGAUGAUUUUAUUGAAAAUAUUCAUGUUGUUGUUAUAGAAGAGGAUGAACUCUUUAAUAAUAGACAGCAAAUAGAUGAAACAGAGGAUAUGCCAGUAACCCAAUUGGAUACAAAUAAAGAGUCAUUCAUACAACUCAAUAGUUCAAUUUCUCAAAGUUCAACCUCUCUCCACUCAGUAAAUCAAGUUGAAGAUUUAAUUGAUGAAAUUGAUAAAGAUAAUACUUUAGAUGAAGAUAGUCAAUCUUUACAAGUAUGCCAAGUUUUAUUAAGGGAUUUCACCAAUGUCCAAAUUAAUGGAGAUCCAGAACCAAUAAUUAUUCAAAGUAAUAUACCAAAUAUUAAAAUUUUUAGGGAAGUAUUUGAAAAGUGGAUUGAAUUUUCAUGUUCUUUACCAGUGCCUAUGGAAAUUGAGGAGGAAGAUGAUAUCGAAAGUCAGAUUAAAGCUAUUUAG